AUGGAUCUGCUUACAACACCCGCAUGGAAAUGGCAAGAAGCCCUAAAGGCUGGCAAAACGACCAGUCGUGAGCUUGCGGAGGCAUGUGUACGCCAAAUCGAACGAUUCAAUCACGAGAACGCAUGUCUCAACGCCAUCAUUUCCACCGCACCGCUCGACAGUCUCUUUGCCCAAGCACAAAAGCUCGAUGACGAGCGUCCAUCCGGUCUUCGAAGCCCUCUCCAUGGCAGUCCCAUUGUUAUCAAAGACAUCUUCAUUACCGACGCUUCUCUUGGAAUGCCGACAACUUGCGGCGCUGCAGCUUUGGCUUCGGCUGUAGGUCGCAAAAAUUGUGCCUUGGUCGAGAAACUCCUAUCUGCUGGCCUCAUCAUCGUCGGGAAGGGGAAUCUGUCCGAAUUUUGCGGACUGAGAGCAAAAGACAUGCGUGUGGGCCUUUCCAGCCUCGGUGGACAGACGCAUUCACCGUACAUCAGCGGCGGUCUGAACGAGGCUGACCAGAUGCUUGGGAAUACACACCCAGGAGGGUCUUCCUCAGGCCCUGCCGUCUCAGUCGCAGCAGGAUUCGCACCCAUUGCCAUUGGCUCGGAUACCUCAGGCUCGCUGAUUGUACCUGCGAACAGAGCUGGUCUUUACAGCUUGAGGAUCACCAAUGCGAAAGUGGCUCCAAUGUGCACAGGAAUGCAACGAAUGAGCAGCUACUAUGAUAGCAUUGGAGCGAUGGCCAAAUCCGCCAGAGACUUGGCUGACAUUACACGUAUUCUGCUCGGAGGUGUAAAUGGCGAUAGACUUGUUCGCCCCAAUCCCGCAGCCUUCGAGGGUUUCAGCAUCGGCUUUGUGAAUCCAGAGCUAUGGCGCUAUUCCGAUGAUGUUUGCUAUGUGGAAGCUCCUACUCGGAGCCAGCUUGUGCAGGAGUACAGGGGUGCUAUAAGCCGGAUCGAAAAGCAAGUCUCGGAGUGGUCCAAGCUCCUGGAAGAGUUUCUCUCUUCGUUGGGCCAUUCACCCAUUCGGAGCAUCGACGAGCUCAUCGCUUGGAACGAGGCACACCCCGAACUGGCCAUGCCCGAGCCAUGCCCCAACCAGGAUGAUCUAAUAAAGGCUCGAGACAGUGCAUCAUCACUGACCAGCUCCGAGAGACAGCAGCUCUUCGAUCUGGGAGACCAGCGAGCCUACAAGCAAGGCAUCGACAAGGCACUUCGUGAGAACAACGUGGAGCUGUUAGUUGGACCAGCAGACAGUAUGCUAUUCUACCUCGCAGCUACAGCCGGGUGCCCCAUCGGAACCAUGCCCCUUUCCAUGGUCAAUUUCGACGAUCGCGGAAGACCUGCAAGCCGCCCAGAUGGACUCUGCGUUAUCCGAAGAAGGGAUAGCGACGAGAGGGUUUUGGACUUUCUGAUCGCAUACGAGAGUGUAUUCCCGUUUCGACCAGUUCCACCUGCCUUGGAAAAAGAGACUAAAUAG